UUAUAUUUCAACCGUCGAAACUGAAACGUGAUCUAGACUCACUCUAGAAGAAUAGCCAAGCGCUUUGAGCUUGGAAGUAAAGCAAAAAAAAACACUCAACAAAAGACGCAAGUGAUGGCCAAGAAAGGGAAGGCUAAAAGUGGACCUGUGAAAGCGGAAGCUGCCACCGAGUCAGCUCCAACAGUUGAACCCGUUGUGGAAGAGGAGGCCGUGAAGGGCGUAGAAAAGCCAGUAGAUCCAGCCAAGCCUGCUGCUGAUGUACCUACUCCUGCCAAGGCAGCUUCAAAGCCAGCCGAAACGGACAAGAAACCUGCCUCUCCUAAACUGAAGCAGAAGCAGGCUCCAGCCAAGCCAAAGGAAGAUCAUCCGGUCAAAGCUCCUAUAGCACCACUGCAGAAUGGAACGGCCGGAGAAACCACUACCGCGGCAGAGGGAACUGCCAGCGAAGCUGAAGGUACUACAACCCUGAAGCGAAGACGCAACCGUCGGCACCGCAAGAAGAAACCAGUUGAAGGUGAAGAGGUCGAACAAAAGGCCACACCAGCUGAACAGAAGCCCAAGAAGGAACACAAGAAGAAACAUGCAAAGCGAAUGCGAGCCUUGGCCUUGGCUGAAUCUUCGGCUAAUGCACAGAUUGCUGCGGUCGAAGGUGCUAUUGCUGGAACCCCCGGUGAUGCUCCGAAGACCACCAACAGCGUAGAAGUUCUGCAGAAGAAGAUCGAAAUCGCGGAAAAAGUGCUCCAACAGGUGCAACAACAAACUAAUGAAGAGCAGAAGAAGCUGGACAAUCUAAAGCCAGCGUCCCCCAAGCAGCAAAACAAGAACAAGCAAGCAAGGAAUAGGAACGAUUCAGAUUCACAAAAGCAAGCACAGGCUGAAGUCAAGAAAGCAACCGAAGAACGGGACAGAAUCAAGAACGAAUCCAGAAAGCUAAUGGAGGAUAAGGUCAAGAAACAGCAGCAAAUACAGAAACUGCAAGCCGAAAAGGAUCAAAAAGACCAGGAAGCGAAACGGCUACUAGCGGAGAAGGACCGUAAGAUAGAGGAAGCGGUAAAGCUCCUAGAACAGCAAGCUCGUGUUGAUGCAGUCGAACAAAAAAUCAACGAAUUAACACAGAAAAAAACAGAAUCGACAGUCCAACAACAGCAGCAGCGUACCAGAAAGGAUUCCGAAAAGCAGAAGAAGCAAACUAAGAACGAUGAAGGUGCAAAGAAGCCAGUCGAUGAAAAAGCAGUAGAAGACAAGAAAGCAGCUGAAGAGCAAGCGAAGAAAGUAGCGGCGGAAAAGUUAACCACUGAAAAGAAGGCAGCUGAGAAGAAGAUUGCAGCUGAAAAAGCCGCUGCUGAAACGGUAGCAGCUGAGAAGAAAGCGGCAGAAGACAAGAAAAUUUCUGAAGAGCUAGCGAAGAAAGUAGCGGCGGAAAAGGAAGCCACUGAAAAGAAGGCAGCCGCAGAGAAAGCCACUGCUGAGAAAAAGGCAGUUGCCGAAAAGAAAGCGGCAGAAGAUAAGAAAGCAGCUGAAGUGCAAGCGAAGAAAGUAGCGGCAGAAAAAGUAGCCGCUGAUAAGAAGGCCGCCGCCGAAAAGGCCGCAUCCGAAAAGGCCGCUGCUGAAAAGGCCGCUGCCGAAAAGGCCGCUGCCGUAAAGGCCGCUGCCGUAAAGGCUGCUGCCGAAAAGGCUGCUGCCGAAAAGGCUGCUGCCGAAAAGGCUGCUGCCGAAAAGGCUGCUGCUGAAAAGGCCACUGCCGUAAAGGCCGCUGCCGUAAAGGCCGCUGCCGAAAAGGCUGCUGCCGUAAAGGCUGCUGCCGAAAAGGUCGCUGCCGAAAAGGCCGCUGCCGAAAAGGCCGCUGCCGAAAAGGCCACUGCCGAAAAGGCCGCUGCCGUAAAGGCCGCUACCGAAAAGGCCGCUGCCGAAAAGGCUGCUGCUGAAAAGGCCGCUGCUGAAAAGGCCGCUGCUGAAAAAGCUGCUGCCGAAAAGGCCGCUGCCGUAAAGGCUGCUGCCGAAAAGGCCGCUGCCGUAAAGGCCGCUGCUGAAAACGCUGCUGCCGAAAAAGCCGCUGCCGAAAAGGCCGCUGCCGAAAAAGCCGCUGCUGAAAAAGCCGCUGCUGAAAAAGCCGCUGCCGAAAAAGCUGCUGCCGAAAAGGUCGCUGCCGUAAAGGCUGCUGCCGAAAAGGCCGCUGCCGUAAAGGCUGCUGCCGAAAAGGCUGCUGCUGAAAAAGCUGCUGCCGAAAAGGCCGCUGCCGAAAAGAAAGCGGUAGAAGACAAGAAAGCAGCUGAAGCGCAAGCGAAGAAAGUAGCGGCGGAAAAGGAAGCCGCUGAAAAGAAGGCAGCCGAGAAGAAGAUUGCUGCUGAUAAGGCCACUGCUGAAAAGGCCGCUGCCGAAAAGGCCACUGCCGAAAAGGCCACUGCCGAAAAGGCCGCUGCCGAAAAGGCAUCCGCUGAGAACAAAGCGGCAGAAGACAAGAAAGCAGCUGAAGAGCAAGCGAAGAAAGUAGCGGCGCAAAAGGAAGCUACUGAAAAGAAGGCAGUCGCAGAGAAAGCCACUGCCGUCGAGGCCGCCGCUCAAAAUGCCGCGACCGAAAAGGCCGCUUCCGAUAAGGCCGCCGAAGCUAAGAAACAGGACAACAAGCAAUCCGACAACAAAGGGAACCAGAAUCAAAAAUCCAACAAGAGAAACAAGCGAACUCCCAAGAGCAGCGUAUCAGAAGACGAAAAAUCAACCGGUCCAAAAAACGUAGAAAGCAGCGAUUUUGUCUCAUCUGCUAAACCCGAGCAGGUUGUAGCAAAAUCGCUAGAAACUGCCGCCGUCGCCGCUGUAGCUGCAGCCUGUCCGGUUGUCGCCGUCAAGCCAGACGAGAAGAAAUCUGCCACCCCCGAAAAGACUGCUCCAGCCAAACCGGCCCCGACUGAUCAGAAGAAGAGUGCAUCGCCUCCAAAGACAAAUGGAACACCCGCCAAAACGAAACCACAGCCAGCAUCGACAACUCCAACCAAACAACAAACACCUUCGAAGUCACCCGAAAAGACACUGCCCAAAGCUUCCACUCCUACUCCUUCCAAGAAAGCACCUUCCCCACCAAAGACCGUUCCUUCGCGGGCAUCCCCGAAACCCAGUACCCCACCUACCACCCCGAAACCUACGAAGAAACCAGAACUCCCUCCAAAACCUGAAUUCCUUAAGAAGAAAUCUCCGUCGGUGGAGGACAAGCCGCCAACCACCAAGCCAGCGACUCCACCUGCAGAAGCUUCGGCGCCACCACAGGUACCAAGUGCAACUCCCGUCGCUCCAAGUCCUGCCCCUGUCAGUCCUGCUGCACCCGCCACUCCCACCUCUCUUGUCGCUGAAGCACCAACCCCGGAUGCUAAUGCUGCCGCCACCGCUCGGCUAACGGAAGAGCUGAACGGAUCCGCUGUGAAGAAACCUGCCGCCAGCAGCACCAAAGCACCAAAAUCCGCACCCAAGAAACCCGAUGUUCCCCCCAAACCAGACGUGCACAGUAAGAGCGCGGCCAAGAUGAAGACCCCAAUCAAGCAGCCUGUGGCCACCGGAUCGAAAGCUUCAACGUCUGAUUCUAGGUCCCCAGCCACGGAGCUAAGUAGAUCGGAAGCAUUUAAGAAAAAUAUGGAAAUUAUAUCCACCCUCGCCGAUAUCCUCCUGUCUCAACCCAAGAAAAAGAAAACCUCUACUCCCACAGAUAAUCCUACCCCUUCCCCUUCAUCAACACCUUCACCUACUACCAAUACAGCAGACAUCACUUCGAAUUCACCAUCCGUAGAGGCUAUCAGCUCUAAAACACAAGAACCAAAACCCAAGACACCGAAAUCGUCCCUCAAUCUGGAUCGCAUUCUAUCAAUUCUGAAAACGACUCAAAAUGACAACACUGCCGGCGGUUCUGGUUCUUCCAACGGUGCAGCCAAUGAGCAGCCAUUGCCCUCAACAUCUUCUGCUUCAUCCCCUGCAUCGCCUCAUCAAGCCCUUCUAAACAAAGACACAAUCCGUGUUUUGAUGCCUACCUUGCAGGAGGUAAACGUCAAAUUCAACGUCGAAAAGCAGCUGGCAGCACUGAAUGCGACCGUUGCUGCAGCCAGUCGAAUGCCCAAGACCCUUCCGGCCGGUACCGAAACAACCGAGGAAGACGAACUCGAGGAGGACUUUGACGAGGACGAAGAAUCCAUUGAAUACAAGUUUACACCUCGUCCGGUCUUUCUAGCCACCAACUGUCAGAUAUGUAAGAAUCCACUUCGGAACAUUAUGCAGUGCGAGAGCUGUCAUAUGGUAUCGUACUGCAAUGAAGAACAUCGACGAUCAGAUGCCGCAGGGCAUAAGGACCUCUGCGGUGUCAUCGUUGAACUCGCUAAGCGACGAGGUGGCCACAUCUACAACAUGGCGCACACACUGUCCGACGAGGAAUACCGUAACCUUCGCGUCUACACCCUGAACCAAUCGGAACAGAUGCUGAAGCGUCCGCUGCAAGCAUUCGAACGGGAAGUCUUACUGUUUCCGCGAACCUGCUGUUCUCCGAGUUGUCGCGAAUGGAGACAAGACCUGCUAACGGAAUGCAAGGACUGCCGUCAGGUUUCGUUCUGCACCGCACAUCCCGACCAUUUACUUCCAACGCACGGUCAGUGGUGCAAAGCGUUCUUCCUCUUCCAGAAGCUCAUCCUCCGCCAGAAGAUUCUCGGCCGCAUCGAACCGGUACUGCCGAUUCGCAUAGCCGGCAAGUCGUUCCAACUACCAUCGAACAUCGACGAAGUCAUUAAACUGCUGUACAAAAGUUCAAAUGCACUGCGUGACGAAUGUGCCUACGCUACGCUGACACAGAUCGCCACCGCACCGCUGACCGCCCUGCACGGUUACCUGAUGGCCGGUCUACGGCCGACGGAAACCUUUACUAUCCAUCUGGUCGGUGCGGAGUUGCAAUUUGAAGGUGACACCCUGGACAAGUGGGAAGCCUUCUUCCUUCACAUUGUGCCGGAAAUCACCGAGCUGCGCGUCGUGUUCGUCGGUCCCGAACUGAACGUCGAGAAUCUUCCGAUAGACAUCAUCAGCCGCAUCAGAAUGUGCCGAACGUGCCGCCAGAAGUGCCGUGCGGUCAAAUUCGACUUCCAGUGCCGGCGGUACUACCACGACUACCAGAGGGACAGCUGCUACAGCAAACCGAAUCUGAUCUGCUUCUUCAAUCCGGUCCUACAUUCAACUGCCGGAUUUGCUGGAUUCGAUACCUGGCCCGAUACCAUACAAGCCGCUGCCCAGGCCAACUGUCCGAUUGUGUCAACGGCAUACACCGAAUUGGAUAGCCCACUGGAUCUGAUUCGGUUCCAAAAGGAUGCCAAACGACCGCUGCAAAUUGUAACGCCACCUCAGCUCAAUCCGUUCAGAUCGAAGAGACCGGACCGGAACUUCAUUUCCGAUGAUGUUGUGCCAAUGAUUUUCAAAAACUAUCACUACUUCGUACUGAAAUGAUGAGCUACGAUCAUACACUAAGGACACUGUUUGGUGUUUUGAAAGGUUCUACCUCUACCUGAAUUAGCCGAUCUGCGUAAGGUAAAAUUACGUUGAACUAACUUUCCCGAAUCAAACUAACAAUAAUUUCCAUAUUCAUCAUAAUCAAUAUCUGUUGCAAUCAUUGUCCGAUAAUAAAUAUGAUAACAUUUAAAUGGAAAA